AUGCCACCUCGACUGCGGCCGCGGCCGCUUCUGGGUCCUGGCCAUUCUCUCUUCACAGCACAAGUCCGGCUAGCACGGCCUGCGGCGACACGAUCAUCACAGGCGUGUCUCUUCUGCUCGCUUCAACAACGCGCAGCAUUCCAACCUCAAGCAGCACAUGCACGCCUUGCCGGCAGACAGCAGUCAAUAGCACGGCGAGGCGCAUCGACAGCGACGGCAGUAUCAGCUGCAGAAGCCGCGGGGCCUGUACCCGCUGUGGAAGAAGCGCCCGUCGAACCGCUCUCCAGGCGAACCUCGGCACAGAUUCGCGCCGACCUCGCCGACACCCUCGGCGCCCUUCAGCAAGAAGCCGGCGCUCUCCUCAACAUAUCACGCCUCCAGCUGGCCAUCCGCAGUCUGCAGCAGCCUGCCGGCCAGGAGUCCGUACGCGUUGCCAUUCUCGGUCUCACCGGCGCGGCAUCGACCUCCCCGGUCCAGGGAGGCAGGUCCGCCAAGCAGCUGCUGCGACUUGUCCUUGCCGACCCGUUGCAGGAUGAGCAGGCAUGGGAGGCCCAGCUUGCCGACCACGACCCAAAGAAGCCAUUGAUUGUGCGCGUACGGGGUGCGGCUGAGGGCGCCAACGGCUCGGCAGCGUCGGCAGCUGCAUCAACACUAAACGUGCGCUUCGACAAGGACGAAGGCCUCACCGAGAUGGAGGUUUCCUCGCCCGUCCUCAACGGAAACCAGCUCGAGUUCCUCGUCAUGGAAUCCUCGCUCGCCGUCCCAACACCACCGGCGUCUGCCACAUCUGACCCGCUCGAAGGCACUACGGAGACGUUUGAAGAGACGGUGCUCGUGCCGGAGGUUGAGAUUCCCACGUCGCAGGACGGCCUGCGCUUCACACCCGUCACGACGCCCGUGCACCAAGCCCUGGUCGUCGCCGACGGCCUACUGGGUGCAGCUGCGGUGGCCAACCUACCGCUCAGUGCCUACCCAGACGAGAUGAAGGGUGCUGUCAACCUGCGUCUACCCGUACCUGAAGCUGCGGCCACAAACACGACCAGCCUUCCAUUUACAACGUUCGACAUUGCCACAUCCUCCGAGGCCAUUGCCCUCUUCCGCGCCAGCGUCGCCAACGCCAAGGCGUACGAGACGCUCUGGGUGCGCGGCGGCGUCUCCGAACUGAGCCGCUGGCUGCGCGACGGCGCCGUGCACCGCCCCGACGGCACCACUAAGCCGCCCGUGCGCCAGCUCGUCGCCUCCGUCCUCCGCAACGCGCUCGCCAGCAUCCAGACCGCCGAGGCCAAGCUCGUCAGCGCGUCCACCACGUCCCAGUCCGAGGUGCCCGUCGCCCGCGCGUUCGCCUCGCUCGACACCGGCCUCGCCGACUGGGCCGAGUCAGCGCACGCUGAGCUGCAGACGCAGCUGGACCUGGCCUUUUCUGGUCGCCGGUGGCGCAAGCUAGGCUGGUGGAAGCUGUUUUGGCGCGCCGACGACGUGACGAUGCUGUCGUCGGGCCUGGUGGCGCAGCAGUUCCUGCCCCAGGCCGAGCAGGAUGUGGUGUUUCUGGCCGGGCGCAUCGACGAGGCUGUGCGGCUGUCGGGACUGCGCACGUCAGAGGAAAAGGGAACCAGCGGCGCCAUCGGGCAGUACCCAAUCCCCGUCGUCGCAGUGGAGCCCACCGAGAACACGGCAGGCGCCGUGGAACUCCUCGCGUCCCCAGCGGGCCCCCGGACGCACUGGCCGACGCACAUUGCCUUUACUCGCCGCUACUUGCUGGAUGAGACCGUCCCUGCGCUGCAGGCGCUCGCACAGAGUCUUGUUUUGCAGACGGCCGGCACGUCCGGCCUGGCGACCGCUCUGGCUGUGCUGACGUACUUGUCGUCGUCGGGCGCCUACGAGGCCGGCGCCAUCGCUGCCGUCGGUCUCGUGUGGAGCCUGGGCCGCAUGCAGAAGAAGUGGGAGGCGGCACGGGCGUUUUGGGAGGGCGAAGUGCGCGAAGAGGGCCGCAAGGCCGUGCGGGCCGUGGAGGCGAGCGUGGCGACGGCGCUGGACGAGGCGCGCGACGCAGCUGUGUCGGGCGGCCAGGGCGGCGCGGACCGGCGGCAGCAGCUGAAUGACCUUCGCAAGGCGCGGGCCCUGGUUGAGAAGGCCAAGGAAGAGCUCGCCCAGUUGAAGUAG